CUUCUUAUGUUAUUGCCGAUAUUCGCACAAUCGUUGUUUUCGGACACUCGCUACUUUGGUUGUCUAUAAAAUACGACAAAAUUUUCAGCACGAGUUUUUUGGAGUAAACUGAAUUUUAUUCUUCUUAGAAAAUAUAAAUCGCUUAAAAUCUCUUGAUCUAAGUGGAAAAAAAAUAAAUUGGAUAAAAUGAAAAUUUUCCUAAACUAAGCCAACGUCCGCAGUUCAACAAACAAUAGUAUAGAUGCAAAAGAUUUUCUUACUGGAUUAUCUUACAGUCGGAAUCGGAAUCUAAUCUGAAAGUAUGGGUGUCCGCUAGUAAUUUGUGCUUCAAUUUUGAUUAAAUUUAACUGAGAUAUUAUGCUGCAUCCGCGUAUUUAAGUUGCAAAUAGGUAUAUGAAAAAUCGAUUGUUGGAUCGUAGUUUUUUUCGUUAGUGAGGCAAGCAGCCAACAGCAGACGAUACGGUAGCAGUGACGAACAAUAUUGUAUGCGGCAAAAAGCCGACAACGACCGAGGCCAAAGCAGCAGACAAAAAAACAAAACAGCAGAUAAUGACCAUGGUGCAGUGUAAAUAAUAUUUUUGCACUUUUACGUAGCAGAAAUGUAUAUGUAUUAUCUACUUUAUAAAAUAAAUUUACAGUUAGAGUGAAUUUUAGAUUUAAUCUAUAAAUGAAUCGUGAAAUAUAAUUAGUUUUCUCCUUCAGAAACAAAACACAAUUGAUCCCAUCCCAAAAUGACGACGACAACUGCAGAGACAGCACCGUUGCCGGUCAAUGAUCUCGAUGUUAUACAAGACAUGAUAGACAUCUCGGCAGAUCGCUUAGAGGGCUUGCGUACACAAUGUGCAACCAGCGCUACUCUAACUCAGCAGGAGAUACGCAGCCUCGAAACGAAAUUGGUUCGCAUGUUUUCAAAACUACUUUUAAAUAAAGCACGUCUGAAUGAACGAAUACCAGCUAGCGGCUUACCAAACACCACUAGUACUGAGCUUAAAAAAUGGCUACGAGUUGUAGGUAUUAGUCAAGAGUCAUCUUAUAUUUGUCUCAACCGGUUGUCAACGUUGGAACAACUGUUAGAGCAGAGUGACGAAGAACUAAAGCAGUUGUUAGGCAACAAUCCCAGUUAUCGUACAGAUGAAGAUAUUCGUCGACUAACUACAGCUAUGCAUAAUUUACGUAAAUGUAAAGAAAGCUUCGGUAAUCUGGAGAGCGAUAUUUCAAACACUGCUACCCCUAAUAACGCACUGAGUGAAGGAAAAGAACAACUAACUGAACAAUUGUUUUGGGAUUCAUGGGAUCGCCAUCAUAACCAUCAUCAUCAUCACCGUAGUAGUAUGGGAAACAUUGGCGUGACAUCAUCGCCCCGCGCACAUCGAAUAAUUACAAAACAUGCAAAACAACACCUCCACCAAUCGGCUGGUAACAGUCGUCAGUCACCUUCCCACGAUCACAGCUGCAAAGCAACAUCAACAGCUGCUAUUAAUAAUGUUAUUGAAGACUCUUCAAGUAUGCAAGGUUCUACUCUGACAUUGACAUUGACACCUUCACCACCUAAUUCUCCAUUCACACCCACUAGUUUGAUUAGCACAUUUAGUACUGCUUGUAGUGGCGGUAGUAGUGCCAAUGGUACUCCACAACGUAGUAAGCCGGCGGGCACACCACCGCCAAUGAAAAAACAUCAGACUUUAUUAUCAAACUUGCAGCAGAAUACUCCAACACAUAUUGCGAGUAUCGGUCCUGCAAUAUCUGCAAGUCAACAAGAUUCAUCAAUGUUCCCGCUAUCCAAAUCCAAGUCGAAUGGAUCACAAUUUCGCGAUACACCGCUUUCGAGUACAGGAUCUCCUCAGUCCCACUCAUUAGGGCAAUCGACAUUGGGAAGCUCAACAACAGCAAGCAACAAAUCGACAUUGCCUCGUUCACGUCUAAACACGGAUCCAAGUCCUGACAGUUUUUCCUCGGCCAGUUCGGAUGUAUUUGCCGAAAACAAUAAUAAUCCGAACAAUCUACAGGUUCCAAGAUCGCCCGGCACAUUACCACUGGGCAUGGGUCAUACGAUAUCACAUCGUUUCGCAAAAGUCUUCCAGGUUAUGUCAACGUGUGAUCUUUGUCAAAAGCAAAUGUUUUUCGGUCUCAAGUGCCGAGAAUGUAAAUACCGUUGCCAUAAAGACUGUGAACCGAAUGUUCCGCCAUCAUGUGGACUGCCUUCAGGAUUUGUAGACGAAUUUAAGAAAACAUUCAAUGAUCACGUAGGAUUUUCAUCGCUGCAGCAUACGCAGACCGGUGCGAAUACGUCACCCGUCUUAAGACCUCAACGUGAUAGCAGUUCACCUGGCUCAAGUUGUAAUAGUUCUAGUCCAUCUAGUCCAGCUCUCUUCAAUCUUCAACAACAGCAUUCAACAUCUCACCCUGGAAAUGUCUUCAUUCCAAGUAGUGGUAACAUGAUGAGCUCCUCUGGCGGUGGAAGUUCAAGUACCAGCUCCAAUAUGCUGUCUACGCCUUCCUCGUUCCACAAACAAUCAAGCCAAUUCAACUUUCCUGACGUAACCAUUACAUCUAAUUGUAAUCAGGCCAUAGGAGGAACAACACAAACACUCUACUCAUCGCAAAAUAGUGGAAUGGAAUCUACUAGUGGCGAAUUGAUUAGUUUACAGCAAUCUGACUAUCAAGACAGCAAUAAUUCAAUUUCUUCGUCAACCAAUAAAUCGAACCACGGUAGUGAAAGCUUAUCCUACAGCACUGUAGUCACAUGUGUGGGUUCAUAUCACAGCAGCAGCAACAGCUCGACAGUUAUAGCUUCAACAAACAGCACUGUCCAUUCCAUCAGUUCAAGCAUUGUCAGCAGCACCGGCUCAUUCUAUCCACGUAAGCUAAGCUCUGCCGGUGUCGAUAAGCGUGAUCCAUUCACCGAACUUGCCGACACACAUAAAUCAAACGACAGUGAUAAAACCGUUUCUCUAUCCGGGAGCACUUCCGCCAGUACAGACUCAGACCGCACGCCUAUACGGUUGGAUUCAACAGAGGAUGGAGAUUCGGGUAAUUGGCCUAGACAAAACUCAUUGUCGUUGAAAGAGUGGGAUAUACCUUACAGCGACUUGCUCCUGUUGGAAUCAAUUGGGAAAGGACGUUUUGGUACAGUACAUAGAGCCUUAUGGCAUGGUGACGUAGCUGUGAAAUUACUUAAAGAAGACUAUCUGGAUGAUGAACACAUGUUAGAAGCGUUUAAAUUAGAGGUAGCCAAUUUUAAAAAGACUCGUCACGAGAACUUAGUACUAUUUAUGGGUGCCUGCAUGAAUCCACCGCAUUUGGCUAUCGUUACAUCGUUAUGCAAGGGCAAUACGCUUUAUACCUAUAUACAUGUGCGUCGUGAUAAAUUCACCAUCAAUAGAACAACACUUGUGGCUCAACAAAUCUCACAAGGUAUGGGAUAUCUUCAUGCCCGUGGCAUCCAUCACAAGGAUCUACGUACAAAGAAUAUUUUCCUGGAAAACGGUAAAGUUAUAAUCACCGAUUUCGGGUUAUUCAGUUCGACCAAGUUACUAUACUGCGAAAUGGGACUAGGCGUACCGAAUGGCUGGCUUUGUUAUUUGGGGCCGGAAUUAAUGCGCGCACUAUUGCCACGCAAACCGACUGAAGAGAUUUUGCCGUUUUCGAAGGCUUCGGAUGUUUAUUCCUUCGGAACGGUGUGGUAUGAGCUGCUCUGUGGGGAGUUUCCAUUUAAAUCACAGCCACCAGAAUCGGUCAUUUGGCAGGUGGGUCGUGGAAUGAAACAAACAUUGGCAAAUUUGCAAACCUCGCGUGAUGUCAAAGAAAUACUAAUGCUCUGUUGGUCAUUCCAAGCCGACGAUAGACCAGACUUCGCAAAAUUGCUCUCACAACUGGAGCGUCUGCCCAAAAAACGCUUGGCACGUAGCCCCUCGCAUCCUGUACAACUGUCGCGUUCGGCGGAAUCAGUAUUUUAAUCAAUAUAAAAAUAUAUGAUAAUUCAGCAAUAUAUUAUUAAGUAGCUUAUAAGAGGAGAGUCGGUUAUCCGAAGGAACUGAGACACAUAUAAAAUUUGAUGUUGAGCUAUAAAAUAAUUUACUCUAAACUAUAAGUGAUUAUAAGAGAAGGGAGUUUAAGUUACCACCUUUUUACCGUACGACCGAAAAACAAGAUGGCAAAAAAUUGUUAUUGUAAAUUAGAAUUAAGUACUAAAAGCCAUGUAGAAUAAUUUUAAAUGCUGAUAAGUACAGCAAACGCUACUUACAAUUAAAAAAAAAAAGUUUGAUGUGACUAAUAACGUGAUUGUAUAACAUUAAUGUCUAAUAAAAUACAGGAAGAAAUGUUUAAAAGUGUAUUAUUAAAAUGGUUAAAUCCAGUAAACCUAAAUUAAUUUAUAUCCUCAAAAGUACUGAGUACAAAAUAAAUUCAUUUAAUUUUUAAGAUUGAAUUUCUUGCUAAAUGACGUAUGUUUGUAAGAUAUAUGUAUGUAACCAAUGAUGACAAAUGGUGUUGUUUCAUAAAAAUGCAUUUGUAAAUUAAAAAACAAUUUUGAUAAUUACAAAGACUAAUUUAGACGCUGUUAUAACCAAAAGACGGUAAUUACAAUGAGAUUUAACUAAAACAAAAUAUAAUAAGGAGAUACAACAUUUCGUUCAUAAUAAUAGUCUAGUUAUGUAUAUACAUACAUACACCCUAUCAUUGUAUAAUAAUAUGUAUGUACAUACAUAUGUAACAUAGUGAAUAAAUAAUUGAUAAGAGAGUGCUGAAAAUUAAAAAGCCUAUUGUUAUCCGGAACGAAAUUAGAACUAAUUUAAUUCUAUUCCAAUAUAAAAUGCCAUAAGGUUAAAUAAAAGAAACAAAAAUUAA